UGCAUAUUUUCCUUCUCUCUCUCUCUCUCUCUCUCUCUCUCUUAAAACUGAAAGAGGAUGCACAGGAGGCGAAAUUGAAAAUUUUUUUGUUGGCUUUUGUUUACCUGGCGUGUGUGGCAACCGGCUCGCUCCCUCUCUCUGCUUGCUAUCCCUGACCUUUCUUUCUUUUUGCUCCUUUUCAAAAAAAAUAUUAAUUUCCCCCUUCUGUGCAAUGGAGCGUGGAGGGGGGAGGAGGGGGAAGGGUUUGAGAAUCCACCCAAGCCCGGCCCCUAUUCCCCAGCACACCAAUAAUAACCCCCUUUAAAACAUUUACCUUCCUCCCCUGCUCCUCCCCCUCCCCCUCCCCCCACCCGCCCCCAACUCACAACUCUGUUGAGUCCAGAAGCUCAGAAUCGGGCGUUGGGCUUUGCCGGGUGCUUCAGAUCAAUGGAUGAGUUCCACCCGUUCAUCGAGGCGCUGCUGCCUCACGUCCGCGCCUUCUCCUACACCUGGUUCAACCUGCAGGCGCGGAAGCGCAAGUACUUCAAGAAGCACGAGAAGCGGAUGUCGAAGGACGAGGAGCGGGCGGUGAAGGACGAGCUGCUGGGCGAGAAGCCCGAGAUCAAGCAGAAGUGGGCAUCCCGGCUGCUGGCCAAGCUGCGCAAAGACAUCCGGCCUGAGUUCCGAGAGGACUUUGUGCUGACCAUCACGGGCAAGAAGCCCCCCUGCUGCGUGCUCUCCAACCCCGACCAGAAGGGCAAGAUCCGGCGGAUUGACUGCCUGCGCCAGGCCGACAAGGUGUGGCGGCUGGACCUGGUCAUGGUGAUUUUGUUUAAGGGGAUCCCCCUGGAAAGUACUGAUGGGGAGCGGCUCUACAAGUCGCCCCAGUGCUCGAACCCCGGCCUCUGCGUCCAGCCACAUCACAUUGGAGUCACAAUCAAAGAACUGGAUCUUUAUCUGGCUUACUUUGUCCACACUCCAGAUGCCAAGAAGAGGCCAGAGAAACCCUGCAACUGCAGGGCGGGUGUUCCAAAGCCUUUCCCCACUCCCUCUCGAUGGAAAGGAGGGGAACUAGAGGAGCAGAGUGACUUUGGUACCUCAGACAGCACACCUGAAGAAUCCGGACAAUCAGAUAGUUCAAACCAGCAAGGAGAUGCGGACAUCAAACCACUGCCCAACGGGCACUUAAGUUUCCAGGACUGUUUUGUGACUUCCGGGGUCUGGAAUGUGACGGAGCUGGUGAGAGUAUCACAGACUCCUGUUGCGACAGCAUCAGGGCCCAACUUCUCACUGGCAGACCUGGAGAGUCCCAGCUACUACAACAUAAACCAGGUGACCCUGGGGCGGCGGUCCAUCACCUCCCCUCCUUCCACCAGCACCACCAAGCGCCCCAAGUCCAUCGAUGACAGCGAGAUGGAGAGCCCUGUCGAUGAUGUCUUCUAUCCUGGUACAGGCCGCUCCCCAGCAGCUGGCAGCAGCCAGUCCAGUGGGUGGCCCAACGAUGUGGAUGCAGGCCCGGCUUCUCUAAAGAAGUCAGGAAAGCUGGACUUCUGCAGUGCCCUCUCCUCUCAGGGCAGCUCCCCGCGCAUGGCUUUCACUCACCACCCGCUGCCUGUGCUUGCUGGAGUCAGACCAGGAAGCCCUCGGGCCACAGCAUCAGCGCUGCACUUUCCCUCCACAUCCAUCAUCCAGCAGUCGAGCCCGUACUUCACGCACCCGACCAUCCGCUAUCACCACCACCACGGGCAGGACUCGCUGAAGGAGUUUGUGCAGUUCGUGUGCUCGGACGGCUCGGGCCAGGCCACCGGACAGCCCAACGGUAGCGGCCAGGGCAAAGUCCCGGGGUCAUUUUUGCUACCGCCGCCGCCUCCAGUGGCCAGACCUGUGCCCCUUCCUAUGCCUGAUUCCAAAUCCACCAGCACUGCCCCAGACGGCGCCGCCUUGACUCCUCCAUCACCUUCAUUCGCAACGACAGGCGCCUCCUCUGCCAACCGGUUUGUCAGCAUCGGACCCCGGGACGGCAACUUUCUGAACAUCCCACAGCAGUCUCAGUCCUGGUUCCUCUGAUAAGAUCGACAAAAGAAAUGACAAAAUGUAAAGAAGAGGUUCCUCAAACGGGGGGAGAAGAAAUUUUGAGACGUGGAAAAAUCCCCCAGCCCAGCCCCACCGAAAAGCAAAAAUUAAACGUCGUCAGCCACUCAGCCCUUCUCUCCUCCAGCCCGGGGAGCCCUGCAGGCCCCCAGAAGCAGCCCAGUUCUCGGAGAGCCCUCAGAAGAGGUCUCGGUGGAGCUGUGCACCAGCAGCCAAGCAGAAAGAAACAUGCAAAACGGACUCUGUUAAGUAGAGGACAGAAAGAAAGAAAGGAUGCAGCAGAACUGCCUUUCUCCCCUCCCUACCCCGCCCCGACCUUCCGGGGAAGGAACAAAAUCAACCCGACAAAGCAACCAGCACAGUUCUAAAGGGGCCUGUCCUACACCCUCACCCUUCCUAGGGGAACCCCACCCUCGACUCUGGCCGAAGCUUCACUAGGGAGCUCGGAGGACAAGCUUGUACAAAUGAUGGGGUGCAGAUCCAGAGGGUUCUCCCUCCAGACUCCGCCCCCUCCCUGCCUGUCUCCCCCUCCUCCCCUCCCUUGCCCCCCUAGUCCCCACUGCCUUGGCCUCUGGCUUCUUCCCCCCAGCUGCUCUGGACUAGGUGAGGCCCAUGGCUUCCAGGUCUCCCUGCCCUACCUUCGGGCUAGAAGCCCCCCUCCACCCUGGGGGUCAGGGAGCAUCCCCUGGAGCUAGUUUCUUGCUCCUGGAAUGGAGGGUGUUGUCACCCCACCCUGAGUUUCGGGGGUAGUUUCAGGGCCUCAGACCCCUCUGUACAGUCCAUAGGAAAAAGUCGGAAUGCUACGACAGCCCGUCCCAGCCUGGGACAGGCCCCCUCUUCCCUUUCUCUGCAGGCUGGGAAAAUCACUCUCUCGCCAUGCCACAAGUGAGGGGAGGUGGGCCCCAGGUCACCCCCACACCCCAGCCCCCCGCAUGCAGGUGCCCUCGCUCCGCCCCACCGGUCCCUGCCCCUGCCCCUCACACAGACAGCCCUGCUGUGGCCGGGCCGGAGAGUGGAGCAGAAAGGGGACCCCGGAGCCGAGCGAGGAGGACGAGGCAGCCGCCGCUGCCACUGGCUAAGCUGCCACCUGCGCUAGGUAGGCGUCCUGCUCGCCGACUUUCAGUUCCUUUGGAGGGUGUCGGGUGUUGUCCUUUUUCAAAAGUGUUUUGGAGCUUUCUCUGUCCCCUCCCCCCCCAACCCCACUUUCUCCACCACAUGGGCCUCCUGGCCACUUCUCUCUGGA